UGACCUGUGCGGGGAUGUGUGUGUCUGCGCAGCUUUUAACAUGUGAAAGGAGAAACUAACUAACGGAGUAUCAUCGAGAAACGGCACAGGAACGUCUCACUGAGCACAGUAGUCGCUGGAAGGGAAGAAGUUGGCGAAUUCGCUCCAGAGGCCUGAGUGCCAUGCCAGAGGGGUCCCAUUCUGCUCUCCACCAGGGCCCAAUGGGGGAAGAAUCUCCUCAGUUGUCCUCACCCCUCUCCACCUGUGAACAUGACCAGGCAAACGUUGACUUGGGCCCAGACUGUGACAGCCGCCUAUGUGUGGAGCCACUGGAAGGAGAGGGUGAACGUCCAGUGAGCUUGGUGUCCACCCUGUCCUCUGGUUCAUCCCAUGAUAGUCGCAGCUUUUUUGGGAGCACCGUAGUCCUUCCUUCCUCCACCACCCCACCCAUACCGAGCGAGGAGGACAUUGACUUGGAGCUGAGCCCAGCCGAAGGCACCGGAGAGCGGGCAGGCGACCCGAGUCCCACCCUCACACGCUCUCGGGUGGAGCCCAGGGUGAUCAGCAACCAGUGGAACAACAACAACGCCACCUCCAACAGGAAGGCAAGUGGCGAAGUCCCUCACAUCCCUGCCUCGCCUGUCAUCACGGACACCAUGGCGCCCAACCCAAAGCUGACCUAUGUGGACCGUGUUGUCAUGGAAAUCAUUGAGACAGAACGCAUGUACGUCAAGGACCUGCGCAGCAUUGUGGAGGAUUACUUGGCUCACAUUAUCGACAUGAGUAACCUUCCCAUACGGCCAGAGCAAGUGUGUGCCCUGUUUGGGAACAUAGAGGACAUCUAUGAGUUCAACAGUGAACUGCUGCAGUCCCUGGACAUGUGUGAGAACGACCCUGUUGCCAUCGCUCGAUGCUUUGUAGAUAAGAGUGAAUACUUUGAAAUAUACACUCAGUAUUGCACCAACUAUCCAAACUCAGUGGCGGCACUCACCGACUGUAUGAGGAGUAAAACUUUGGCCAAGUUCUUCAGGGAUCGGCAGGCUGCUCUGAAGCGCUCUCUCCCCUUGGGCUCCUAUCUGCUCAAACCGGUCCAGAGGAUCCUGAAGUAUCACCUGCUGCUUCAGGAAAUUGCAAAGCACUUUGACCCAGAGGAGGAGGGCUAUGAGAUCAUUCAGGAGGCCAUAGACACCAUGACCGGAGUGGCCUGGUACAUCAACGAUAUGAAGAGGAAACACGAACACGCUGUCAGAGUGCAGGAGAUACAGUCUCUUCUGAUCAACUGGAAAGGUCCUGACCUGACUACCUAUGGAGAGCUAGUGCUGGAGGGCACCUUUCAUGUCCUGCGGGCAAAGAACACCCGUACACUCUUCCUCUUCGAAAAGAUGCUCCUCAUUACCAAGAAAAGAGGGGAACACUAUGUCUACAAGAUCCACAUCUCAUGCUCCACCCUAAUGCUACUUGACAGCGCCAAGGAUCCGCUGCUCUUCAGUGUCAUCCAUUUCAAGCAUCCCAAGCAACCCCACACAGUGCAGGCCAAGUCGGUAGAAGAGAAGCGUCUCUGGGCCCAUCAAAUUAAGAGGCUCAUUCUUGAGAACCACAACACUAUCGUCCCUCAGAAGGCGAAAGGAGCCAUCCUGGACAAUUCUAACUAUCCAGGGAAGUACCACUAUAGUCCUGAGAGGCUGAAGAAAGCAGAGUCCUACCAAGGUGAUGACUUCCAUCUUCGAGGGCGAAAUGAGAGAAGAAGAUCAGAGCCUGCAAAACAAAUCAUAAGGGCCACAAAAGCUGUUUUGAAGCAUGCAGACAGUGAGGGUGCACUGCUGGGGGAGAGGUGCUCCCUUCAGCCAGCCACUAGUGUCAGUACGCUGACCUCCAGUCUAGGCGAGCCCCAGGCUGAGAGGCCAUGUGUGGAGGAUCUAAUUCCCAGAGGGGACUCUCUGGAGCAGCUAAGUCCUACUGACAGUGACCCGAAACUGGGCUCUUCACCCAGUGAGGGGGGGCUGGAGCUGGAGGAGGCAAAGGAGGAGGAUGAGGAGAUGGGGGAGAGUUACAAGGAAGAUAUACUGAUGGGAGACGACCAGGUAGCCGACUUUGCCAGCUCAGUGCUGGCAGCCAUCUCCUGCUGGCACUAUAAAGCCAGGGCUUUGCUUUCUACUCACUUCACAACGGAUGAUCAGAACAGAGAUCCGGCUGAACUGAAGACGACACAGAGAGAGGAGGAAGAAACUUGCAGACAGGAGGAAAAACAUGUGGAUGUGGCUGUGAAAGAAACUCUCACCACACAGGUCAAUAUGGAGCAGCUGUGCCCUCUAGACUGUGUCCCUCAAGCAAUGAAGAAGAGCGAUCAGCUGGAGGUGCAUGACUCCCGCCGGCCUGAGUCUCCUGUCUCCCCUUUGCAACAUGAAGAAGACGCAGCAGAACCUCAGGAUACCUCAAGAGAAACCGGAGAGGAAGAAGAAGGCCACAGUGAUUCCUCUGGUCUCCAAGUGGAGGAGACGAGUGUACUGACGAAUGGGGAGCUCUCGGAGGAGGAAGAGGAGGUGCUAUCAGACAACAAAAGCAUCCUACCGUCCUCUGUAUUGGACCAGGCAAGUGCGAUAGCUGAGCACUUCAUCAGCAGCUUGUCCAGAAGGAGCAGUCUGGUUUCGGAGGACUUGGGCUCCCUCACCUGCCCCUCACCCUUAAUAGAUAAUGAGGCCUUCAAAAGCCCCGCAGCUUGUUUGGAUGUAGAAAAACAGACCCAAAUGUUGUGCAGCUCUUCCCCAGAGCAACAGGUGACCUCAGUGAACCUGUCAACGCCUGCUCAUGACCCUGCACUGAACGCCCUCAUUGAAGGGGAACGCAGGUCCACUCUCUCUAAACAGGAUCGCCUCCUCAUCCACAAGAUCAGAAGAUACUACGAGCACGCUGAGCACCAAGAUGCAAACUUUAGCAUCAAGCGCAGGGAAAGUCUGUCCUACAUCCCAGCAGGUCUGGUCCGCCACCUGAGCCGACAGCUCAACAAUGGCCCUCAGGAGCAGGCCAUCCCAGUCCACAGAAAAGGCCUCUCUCGGAACCGCCCCACUUCCUGGUCUGUGUUUGACCUUCCUGGCUUAGAAAACAGUCGAAACACAGACACUCCUCAAAAAACAGAACCACAGAGACCAGUGGAAGCCAAGGCUAGAUCCCAGAGCGUCACGGACGCCUCUACCACAGAAGAAGAGUUCAGACCAUCAGCAGACAUGCUCAAGGUUUGGCAAGACAUGGAAAUGGAGGAGGAGAGCCAGGAAGUCCAGCAGACUGCAGAGAAGAACCUUACUGACUCAGGACUAGAAGCAACACAGGAAAUAAGCAAAGACGUUUCAGAUGUUAAAAUCAGUAAGCGACCGCUUUGGAUUUUAGAAGAGUCUGAAACAAGCACUGCCUCAGAUGGGUCCUCCAUGUCAUCACCCACCACAGACUUUCCAGCAGAGGAGGGAGGGUCCUAUCAGGACUGUAAGUCAUGUAAGACCCCCACGUCUCAAGAGAAGAGACAUAUCAACCAUGGCCACCUACCCAAGAUCAUCAACUUCCGAACAAGUAUAGACGAGGACCAGAUCCUACAGGACAUGGGAAAGAUGAAAAACAAGGUGUUCCAGCUGGCACGACAGUACAGCCAGCGCAUCAAAAAUAACAGGCCAAUGGUCUGGCAGAGGAACCGGGAAACAGCGAGUCAACAGGGCUUCAGGAAUACGCCUGUUGUGCAGGAGGAGAGGAUGCAACUGAGGAAAAAGGGUAAACCCAACCUGAGAUUGCCCUUGAACACUUGUGAUCAGGCGGUCAUCCAAGAAGAGUGUCCUCCAAGCCCGGUCAAGACGCCCAGUACCGGAGCCAGCUCCCAGAGCACACUUACUUGCCCACAAAGCCCCCAGUCAGACGCCUUCCACUGGCCUGACGUGCAGGAGCUGCGCACCAAAUACGCCAAGACCCCCCAUUCUUCAAAAGUAACCCGUAGCUGCACAGUCCCAAACGGGAUGCUGGAGUGCUGUAUGAACAGGUGUAAUGGCUGCUCACACAAGUACAAUAGCUCCUCUGACCUUCACAGAGCUCUGACAGACUGCUCUAGGACACAAUCUGAAACAGUAUACAAGGAGCAAUGUCCUGUAGAGGUGGACUGGCACCAGCCCCAGCCCCGGCUUCAGCCCCUGCUGUGCAGGUGGAGCUCCUUGGACCACAUGCUUGGGUCACUUCCCCUCCAUGAAGUACAGAACCUUCAGGAACCUGUGAGGACCUGCAACACAGCCAGUCAGACGUCUCUGAUCACAAAAGACACUGGGAAACAACGAGACGAGGACAAAGUUCUCCAGGAGGGCUCAGACUGUCCCACAAAGUCUGCUGUCCUGAGUUCAGGGAAGAUGACAGAAAGUAAUUUAGUGAAAAGCUUACGGGAGAAGUUCCAGAGCUUAAGCACAAGCUCAUGAAUUAUGUACAUUUUUAUUAUCAGGGACUAUCACAUGAAAACCUGAUGCUUCCCAACGUCCCUUUUUCCUGUUUUCCCCUCAAAAGAAUGCAAGUCGUUGUCUGCGCAUUGUUUCCAGUAUGGGUGAUGAUGUCAGCACCAGUGAAACACAAAAGGGAGAUAUCGGUUAUUGAUGAGAGCCACGAGGGGAAAGCAUAUUGCCUUUAAAAAGGUGUCUUGCAAUAUUUGGGUAUUUGUCUGCACUGUACAAUUCACGUUUAUGUAGAAAUAAGUCUGUAUCAAUUGAAGAUUAGGUUCUAUGUGAUUAUUAUAUGCAUCUCUUCCCUCCGACUGUUGGUGUAUCUUGCCAUAAUCACUAUGUUGCCAUUUAACCAUGUAAACUCUCAGCUGGAGUUUCAGGGGAAAGCAAAAAGGAGAUGAUUGCUCGUUGAUGAGAGAGAAGUCUCUGAGCGUACACCAAAGAGGGUUUCCUUUUAACAUUUGUUGACUUUUAAUGCAUGUGGUCACAGCAGUAAUUUGCUUCCACGUCCACUGUAGCUGCUUCCUAAACUGUUUUCACAUACUGUAUCACUGGAGCUUUAUUUUUCUCAAUACGUUGUAUAUUUUCUUUAAUAUUAUUUAUGAAACUGUAUAUUUGGGAGAGAUUGGCCUCAUGUAAAUACUGACCAGUAGCAACGCUUUUUACUUUUCCAUUCCAGAAAAUAUAUUGUUUCAUACUUGAAGUUUCCCAUAUUUUCAAUAAAAACAGAAAUAAGUGUCUACAUCUCUUUCCCCUCCCUGUCAUGCAUCUCAAAUACAGUAUAUCCAUCUGUUCUGUGACUCAACUGAAUCAAUCUAUUUAU